UUGAAGAUUGCAUCACCUUCAUUAGUUGCAAGUAUUGAUGGUAACAAAAGCAUCUUAGGUUCACAAGAGACCCAACUUUUGUCCACAGUUCGUGAUGAACUAUUUUCCAUCACACAUGGUGGUGGCAUCGAUUUUCCACCUACAUCUGUUGAAUCGCAAGGUAUUUCACUUGAUAAACUUCGUCAACAACUUGAACAACUCCGAUUAUUAGUUCAUCAAACCAAAGAGAUCUUCUCCAUCUGCGAAACACACAUUCUUAAUCUUGAAGACUUAGUUCUUAAAUCACACAACAUUGUUAUGGAAAUCACCAAAGGCUGUGAUUUUAAAUCUGCAGUCCAUCAAUCUAUUCGUAUAUACAUGCUAUCUACUCAAAACUAA